CUCUCUCUCUAGCUCCUGGAGCUCCCCUGGGGGUGGGUCCUGGGCGGCACCGAGAGGCCCCGCCCCCAAAGCAGUCCUUCAAGAAUAGCGCCCUGGCCACCCUCCCCACAGUCCUGCAUACGCGCACAGUGAAAGCCUCCGCGGGGAUGGACAGAAGCGCCACUGCAGGCGGGAAGCCCAAGACCGCCGGCAUGGAUCUGUGCGCCCUCUACGAGAAGCUCCUGUCCCUGAGCCCGGACCUGGCGUCCGCGGCCCGUGGGGAAGUGGACCCCGACCUGGGCUGGGGCUCUCGAGGCCCCUGGAGUUCAAGCCUCGCAGACCUGGAGCCUCCUUCUCCGCCGCGGGCCUCGGCCCCGCUGGCCCCCCGGCUCCCGGGUCGUUCUACCAGCUUGGUGGAGGGCCGCGCCUGGGUACCCCCGCCACCGGGCUUUGAGCCCCUGCCGCCCAGGGCCCUGCCGGCCGCCACCGCCGCGCCCUCCGAAGCCGCUCCCGGUUCCACGGCCCAGGCCGGGGCGGCCUCCUCGUCCAGAUACAAGACGGAGCUGUGCCGGACCUUCUCGGAGAGUGGCAAGUGUCGCUACGGCUCCAAAUGCCAGUUCGCCCACGGGCCUGGAGAGCUGCGGCCAGCCAGCCGCCACCCCAAGUACAAGACGGAGCUGUGCCGCAAAUUCUUAACCAUGGGCUCCUGCCCAUAUGGGACCCGUUGUCAUUUCAUCCACUACCCAUACGAUCUUCUGCCGAUGGCGUCUGGUCACCCACCCCUGCUCCGCCAGAGUCUCAGCUUCUCUGGGAUCCCCUCCUCCCGUCGCCGGGGCUCUCCCACCCUGAGCCCCCCAGGCCUACCGGACCUGCCUUCCCCCUCGAGCUUCUUCUCCCCUCCUUCCUCUCCGCCCCCGCUGCCCACCGCCCCCGGGGAGGUCCCUUUCUCACCUUCUGCCUUCUCUGCUGCCCCUGGCCCAGUGCCCCGGGGAGCCACGGCGGGAGAAGCCUGCUGCCCCUCCUGCCGCCAGAGCACGGGCACUUGGGGGCCCACAAGGGAUGCCCUGGGCCUGGGCCUGGGCCUGGGGCUAGCCCGAAGCCCCUCUGCUCACUCCCUGGGCUCUGAGCCAGAUGACCAGGCCAGCAGCGGGGGAAGCAGCCUGGGAGGGUCCGACUCCCCAGUGUUUGAGGUAGCAGUGGGGGGCGCCUUUGCCCCCUCUAACUCUCACCUCCUGGCCCCGGCUACCCCCCGGCGACUCCCCAUCUUCAACCGACUCUCUGUGUCCGACUGAACACCCCUGUUAACUCCAAACUUAAUUGAGUGGGGGAUCAGAAGUUCCUCUCCUCUCCCCUCCCGUUGCCAGCUGUGCCCAGAUAUGGGGGUCCCUCUCAGCUUAGCCCCCAGAGCAUUCACCUAUUGCCUAGUCUCCCGGGGCAGGUCCCUAUGGGGAGCAAAAACUCUCAAAGAGGUGUUCUGGGAGUGUUUUUUUGUUUUUAAUGUAGCAUACUGAAUUGACAUAUAUGUAUACGUGUGUAUAUACACACGUAUACACACACAUGAUAAGUGUGUAAGUAUGUCUAUAAUAUAGUGUGUCCCAAAAGUCUUAAUUCAGUUGUAAGCAUUACUAAGUUAAAACUGUACUGUCUUUGAGACACCUUGUUUAAGGGGGGUCAGAAUAGGAGAUACCCCCCCCUUUCUUCAUGCUGUGAACAGGCUUCCCCAAGUCUCCCCUGGAUGGGGGUCUCCCCAGUCCUGGUGCUCAAACCCCACCUAACCAGACCAAAUCCAAGUCUCCCUGCCUCACUUCGGGGCCCCUUAUUUAUGGUGACGACAUUAUUUAUUCCGACGGGUUUUAUAGUAUUUAUAUAUGCGGUCGUCCCCUCUCCCUUUUGUCUAAUAUUGGGAGAUUGCUGCCACUAUAAUAUAUAUUUGAAAUGUUAUAUAUAUAUAUAUAUAUAUAUUGUUAGCUAAACAAAAAAGAAAUCUCUCUAUUUUUGUUUUUGGUGGAGUUUGUUUUUUAAUUAAAACUAAUACAUUACAUAAAAGAGGAA